AUGCCGGAUACCAUCAUCAUUCCCAAGCAACACCGAGCUAUCAUUUAUGACCAGCCCGGAACAGUUUCUACGAAAGUUGUUCUGGUUGACACUCCAGAGCCGGGGCUGGGGCAAGUCCUUAUCAGGCUCACUCAUUCAGGUGUCUGCCAUUCCGACUAUGGUAUCAUGACAAAUUCGUGGAGCUAUCUCCCUGAUACAGAGAAAGGACAAGUUGGUGGACAUGAAGGCGUUGACGGUCUUGCGUCUGAGAAUGCUGCGCUAAUGCUUUGUGCAGGUCUCACCAUCUACUCAGCCUUCAAAUGCAGUGAGGCAAAGCCAGGUGAUUUCGUUAUUGUUUCUGGUGCUGGAGGAGGCUUGGGCCAUGUUGCCGUCCAACUCGGCAGUCGAGGAUUGGGAUUCCGAAUCAUUGCUAUCGACCGCUCGUCCAAGAAAGAAUUGGUUUUGAAGUCGGGUGCGGAGCAUUUUGUUGACAUGGAUGAGUUUUCCGAUGACGAAUCACUUGUGGAUCAUUUUGCCCCGCCGACAUAUGAAACUGAGCUGUUGAUGCUCCGCCCGAAUGGUGCUCUUGUUUGUGUUGGAGUCCCAGAAGGCGAAAUGCAAGCAAUUGCUUCGGCAAAGCCUGCCGUGAUUAUCUUUAAACAGCUAAAGAUUAUCGGCUCUGCAGUUGGAACCCGGGAGGAAGCUAUGAAAACCCUGGAUUUUGCAGCUCGCGGGAUCAUUGACCCACAUGUCACUGUCGCGAAGAUGGAAGAUCUUACUGAUAUUUUCCACAAGAUGCAUGGUGGUGGUCUCAAGGGCCUCAUUGUUAUCGAUAUGUCUUAG